AUGGAGAAAGCGAGUUUUGACGCGGUGGAGGAUUUGUUGAGUCCUUCAUACUGCCGUGUGGCCAGAGAGGUGAGAAGGUCGUGGGAAACACAAAAAGAGAAGAAGUUCCUCUGUGUGUGUCGCUUGCCGCCUAGCCCCUCUGGCUUUCCGGGCAGGCCUCUCCCUCGCGUUUGCGCGCGUUGCGGUGCUGCCGCAUACACCGCACCUGCUUCUCCGCCGCACAUCCUCCUUUCUCAGCGCCAACUGCCGGAGGCAGGCUGGACGUCGCUGCAGAUUGAGCACCUGCUGCUGGAGCUUGCGGCAACCGACGCCAACAAUCAGCCGGAUCAGGCCUCCGUGGGGGAGAGGGAAGGCCACAUCUUCGCGUUGCAGCCUAAGGCUGUGGGCUCCUCGCUGUCCGCAGCGCGGUGUCUGCCAGUCCCCAUAGCUACGGGUAUGUCUAUGAGCGCAAUGACUGCGGAAGCACACCGUCUCCUGUGCGUCAUUUCCACAACUUCGGCGUUCGCUCCCCGACAGCCUGACAUGAUUCUGCAGAUUGCGCAGCUGUGUAAGAAGAUGGGAGUCUUCCACCUGGUCAAUAACGCGUAUGGCCUCCAGUGCAGCAAAUGCUGCGCCCUUGUCGAGCAGGGAUGCAGUGCUGGACGCGUGGACUUGGUCGUGUCUAGUUGCGACAAGAACUUCCUGACUCCCGUAGGCGGUGCACUUAUAUACGGCCCUGCUCCCGAGUUAGUGUCGCGCGUUUCGGCCUGCUACCCGGGGCGAGCGAGCAUCAGUCCGAUCCUUGAUUUGUUGAUCACGCUGCUAGAGAUGGGCAAAGUCGGUCUUAAGCAGCUCCUGAGGGACCGCAAGGAGCUCUUUGCGUGGUUCAAAGAGGAGCUAACCACUCUGUGCGCUUCUUUAGGCCUGCGUGUGCUACCGUCUCCCCGCAAUAAGAUCUCCAUCGCAGUCGAUCUGUCUACACUCAAGAGUGAAGCCUACGAGGAUAGAGGCCCAUCCUUCCUGGGGUCUCAGUUAUUCUUCCGAAGAUGUUCAGGCUUGCGUGUAGUGACCCCGAGUGCAGCUGCCACGCAGCUGGCAGGGAUUUCCUUGCAGAGCUUUGGCAGCCACUGCCGCUUCCCAGUACCUUACUGUGCCAUGGCUUGCGCCAUCGGAGCCAAAAAAGAAGAGCUACAACUCUUUCUUCAGCGGUUUGGUCGCCUCAUUGGGCAAGCGAGGAACACGUCUCUGCCAGUUGCCCCUCCGCAUCAAGCGGAGACUGAAGAACCCCGGAGCGGCGAUCGACACCCAAGUGCAAAGGAGGAAGAGAGACAGUACAGCGAAGGUGAGACCUCCUGA